UUGGCGACGAAUGAGUCGGCGCUGGACCUGAUUGUCAACGCGAUUCGCACAACGGGUUAUGAGCCGGGUCGCGACAUCGCGAUUGCGCUCGAUCCCGCAGCCAGCGAGCUGUGGUCUGAUGGACGAUAUGAAUUGCACACCGAGGGGCGAUCGCUCACGAGCGCCGAGAUGGUGUCGCUCUGGAGCGACUGGCGCCGACGAUAUCCGAUCGUCUCGAUUGAGGAUGGUAUGCACGAGGACGAUUGGGACGGCUGGCGAGCGCUCACUGCGGAGAUCGGGUCGUUGGCGCAGAUCGUCGGCGACGACCUGUUGGUCACCAAUCCACAACGUCUGCGACGAGGCAUUGAGUUGGGCGCCGCCAACAGCAUUCUGAUCAAGGUCAAUCAGAUUGGCACACUGUCAGAGACGCUGGAGGCGGUUCGGAUUGCGCAGGAUGCGGGAUGGACGGCGAUUAUCAGCCAUCGUUCGGGCGAGACUGAGGACACGAUGAUCGCUGAUCUCGCGGUGGCGACGAAUGCAGGUCUGAUCAAGACGGGUGCGCCGGCUCGUGGUGAGCGAACGGCGAAAUAUAACCGAUUACUGAGGAUCGCCGAGGAAUUGGGCGAGCGGGCGGUGUAUGCGGGGAUGGACGCGAUUCCUCAGGCGUCGCGAUUGGUGUGA